AGACGAGCACAGAGGGCAGCUAGACAGCUUUCAGAGUUCUCUGUGGAGGAAGAGGGUGGCUGUUGGAGAGACACAUCCAUAGAUGGGACUGUUACAGUGGAGGACGAGCAGGGUGGGACAGAGAGGGAAAACGGGACAGUGUUUGUCAUCCCAACCACUCCCCGAACACCAGAGAGUAGAUGGGAAUACCUCAAAGGAGGAGAUCCAGAUUGCGCCAGCUUAGGAUGGAUGUCUGAGCUGCAGGAUGGGGACACCACCACUCUGGGCUCAAGCAGUGAGGACACCUUGAGCCAGGAUCUUGAGCGGAUCUCUCUGGGUUCCCUGGGCAAAUGGACCUGGGAUAUUCAUUCCAUCAUUCUUGACCUCUCCACAGCUAACUUCAUUGACACAGUGGCUAUCAAGACCAUGAAAAAUAUUUUCCAGGACUUCAGUGAGAUUGAUGUAGAUAUCUACAUGGCUGGUUGUCAAGCCUCUGUGGUGGAACAAUUAGAGCAUGGUGACUUUUUCUCUGAGAAAAUAACAAAGAGACGUCUUUUUGCCUCCGUACACGACGCUGUGCUCCACUGUCUAAACCAUCGUGGAGCGACAACCAUCCCAAGAUAUGAGCCAUCAGUGGAGCUGCCUACCAGCACGAAACUUUAAGGCCUUCAUUCAAACACAUGGAAAAACAUUGACUAGAAGGAAUAAUGAAUUUAUGCAAUAUCAAUUUACUACUUUCUGAGCUAUCCCACUGUGUGAUAAUGGUGUCUCCUUUAUUUUCUUGCUGACUUGAUUCGAUAUUCAUAGUUUU